CCCCGGCGCGAUUUCGUGUUUACCCGGCGCCUGCCGAAUCAUUUGACAUUUAUUUACAACCUUGGACAACCAAGCUCUCGCCGCCAGCCAUGCCCAACAUCCGUGUCCUACGGGACAUCAAGGCUCGCGAACUCGUCAAGGCAAACGAAGUCAUUCGCCGCGCUUAUCUGUACGUAGCCCGCAAUGAAAGUCUUCCGCCACAAGUGCGCCAUCAGGCACAGCUGCAGUUGAAUACCUUUGGGAGGUACACUCGACCCACCACUGUUAAAAAUCGCUGCUCCGAGUCUGGCCGCGGGCGAGGCAUUAUGAGUGAAUUUGCACUUUGCAGAUACCAAUUCCGGUUGAAAGCAUUAAACAAUGAGAUCCCUGGUGUCCGCAAGGCUUCAUGGUAGUUGUUCCCUCUUUGGGGAGUGAUGCUGCCAUUCGUUAUCGCGCGCCCAUUUUUAUCCAAGUAUAAUAUGUCUGUGCCAUACAGAUCCCUUCGAAGUUGAAUGAGCAUAAUGUUUUAAAAACCCAAAUCCUGUAUUUCUCCGUGCAAGCUGAUUGAUUUCUACCGAGCUGUUCAUUCAUGAUACUGAACGGUAAAGCGUAAUACAUGUACAUGCUACUAGGCUACUAAUAUCUUGAGAGAGAGCAGACUACGCAACG